AUGAUAAGUAAUAUAUUCACUUUAAUUGGUCAGAUAUCAAUUUUUCAGUAUGUAUAUGCUCUCUUCACUUCGCUAUAUACUUCCGCAUUUAGAUCUAGUAAGAAACCUAGAGAUUUCGGAAAAUGGGCUAUUGUAACAGGAGCUACUGAUGGAAUUGGGAAGGCUAUGGCUAUUGAACUAUAUAAACAUGGGUUAAACUUGAUGAUUAUUGGAAGAAAUAAGGGUAAACUUAGUAAUACUGCACUUGAGAUGAGGAAUUUACAAAUUUAUCCUGAACCUGAAAUAAAGGAAGUUGUAAUGGAUUUUUCUGAUCCUAGUGGAUAUGAUCAGUUAAAUGAAGAAAUUAAGAAGUUGGAUGAUAUUGGAAUUUUGGUUAAUAAUGCAGGAGUUGGAUAUCCAUAUCCUCAAUAUUUCGAUGAACUAGAUGUUAGCCUUAUUAAUGAAAUAAUAGAUGUUAAUAUUAGAGGUGUAUUUAUGAUGACUAAAAUGGUUUAUGGUAAAAUGAAAGAACAAAGACGAGGGGCUAUCCUUUGUAUUGGUAGUGGAUUUUCUGAAUUAACUUCAGCUCCACUUUAUUCAAUUUAUGCAUCAAGCAAGAAAGCUAUACAAAACUUCUGCAAUAACCUUCAAAUUGAAUCCUCUGCUUACAACAUUGUUGUCCAGUGUCAAAUUUUGUUUAUUGUUAUGACUAAGUUGUCUAAGAUGAAGAAAGAGACUCUAUUUGUAAUUCCACCACAGAAAAUGGCUCAAGAGUCAAUAAGAGAGUUAUGUAAAGGUGGAUUAAUAUGGUCAACUAUAUGUCCAUAUUGGGCACACAAGCUACAGUUAAUAUUUGCUAACUUAAUACCUACAUUCAUAUGGAAUAGCUUAAUUUUGUGGAAGUUAAGAUCAAUAAGGGAUAGAGCACUAAAAAAAAAAGUAGCCUAG